UUCCAUACACAUAAUUCACACACCUCUCUUUACUUUUUUCAUGAAAGUAAAAUUGUGUAUAGUAGUAUACUAGUGGCAGUAAUCCAAGCAUGAAAACAUCAACAUGCAUUAACUUUCACAUUUAUUGCUUCCACCUACACUUACCCCAUUUUCAUAACUAGCACUUUUAUCUCAUUUAUUGCACCCUCUCUCUUUGUCUUUGCCGGUAACACAACAUCACCAGAACCACCUCUUUCAAAUCUCUUGUUACAAAAAAAAAUGGUGCAAGAACUGUUUCUUUCUGUCAACUUUUGCUUCAAGCUCAAGAACAAUAGCUUCUUCACUUGAAUAAAAAAAGCACUUAUUGGAACUUGAAGUUUGCUUUUUUCUUCUUGGUAUAUUUUAUUCAUCAAGCCAACAAGGGUUUAUGUUGUCUCAAUUCCAACCAACACUUUUGUUGAAGAUUCAACCUUUUUGGUAUAAAAUAUAGUUUUUGGGUCUCUAGGUCUAAUGGGGUUCUUAAAAAAACAAUUCUCAACCUACCUUUUGAAUACUAUACUAUUUGAGGUGGUUGUUUUUUCAUGGCUAUGGUUACAUGUUACAUGUCUUGGUUCCAUGUCAUCGAUUGCUGUGUCUUAUGGAGAUAAAGGUUCAGCUUUCUGUGGCUUGAAAUCUGAUGGAUCUCAUACUGUGACAUGUUAUGGAUUCAAUUCGGCUAUAGUUUAUGGAACACCGUCUCAUUUUCCGUUCAUCGGUUUAACUUCUGGCGAUGGUUUUGUUUGCGGACUUUUGAUGAGUUCGAACCAACCGUAUUGUUGGGGGAGUAGUAGCCAUAUAGAAAUGGGUGUGCCACAACCUAUGGUUAAAGGAGCUCAGUAUUUAGAAAUCAGUGCCGGAGAUUAUCAUGUUUGUGGAUUGAGGAAGCCUUUAACAGGAAGAUACAGGAACAUUUCUUUUGUUGAUUGUUGGGGGUACAACAUGACGAAUAAUUACGAGUUUGAUGGACAGAUUCAAUCGAUUUCAGCGGGUUCUGAGUUCAAUUGUGGACUUUUUUCGCAGAAUAGGACGGUUUUUUGUUGGGGUGAUGAGGUUAGUAGUCAAGUUAUUAGGUUGAUUCCUCAAGGGAUGAGAUUUCAGAAGGUCUCUUGUGGAGGGUAUCAUGUGUGUGGAAUCUUGGAAGGUGUGAAUUCUAGAACUGUUUGUUGGGGGAGGAGUUUGGAUAUGGAGGAAGAGAUUUCAUUGAUUCCUAAUCAAGGACAAGGUGGUAGUGUUGAGUUGGCACCAAAUGAUCCUAUGCUUUCUGUUGUUGGAGGAAAGUUUCAUGCUUGUGGAAUUAAGAGCUAUGAUCAUGGUGUGAUUUGUUGGGGUUUGAGUUUGAAAACAAGCACAGAAGUUCCUAAAGAGAUUAAAGUGUUUGAAAUUGCAGCUGGUAAUUAUUUUACAUGUGGAAUUCUUGCUGCGAAAUCGCUUGAACCUAUUUGUUGGGGUGUUGGAUUUCCAACUUCUCUACCUUUGGCUGUUUCACCAAGAACAAGAAAGUGUUUCUCUGAACCUUGUCCUCCAAGUUACUAUGAAAUUGAAAAGGAUCAACAAAAGGGUCUAAUUUGUAAGGAUUCCAAUUCGCACCUUUGUGUUCCAUGCAGUGGUGUUUGUCCGGAUGAAAUGUAUGAGAAAAGUGGUUGCAAUUCGAAAUCUGAUAUAUUGUGUGAAUAUAAUUGUUCGGUUUGUUCUUCGCCAGAAUGUUUCUCGAAUUGUUCCUCCUCUUCUUCUUAUUCCAAUGGUGAUAAUGGGAAGAAAAGUGAAAGAUUUUGGUCUAUGCAGUUGAUAGUUGUUGUUUCUGAGAUAGUGUUUGUUGUUUUCAUAGUUAGUGUUGUGUCGAUAACCGCGGUUAUGUAUGUUCGUUACAAGCUGAGAGAUUGUGAGUGUUCAACAACAGCGUUAAACUCGGCGACGAGACUCAAUGUUGGUUCUUCGGUACAAAAGGAUAACGGAAAGAUUCGACCGGACGGGGAGGAGUUUAAGAUAAGGAGAGCUCAGAAGUUCACCUAUGAGGAACUCGAAAAUGCAACUAGUGGAUUCAAAGAAGAAUCCAUAGUAGGUAAAGGAAGUUUCUCUUGUGUGUUCAAAGGUGUUCUCAAAGAUGGAACAGUUGUUGCUGUUAAAAGGGCUAUCAUGUCACCAAAUAUGCAGAAAAAUUCGAAAGAGUUUCACACAGAACUCGACUUGCUAUCGAGGUUGAAUCAUGCGCAUUUGCUCAAUCUAUUAGGCUAUUGCGAAGAAGGCGGUGAAAGAUUACUUGUUUAUGAGUACAUGGCUCAUGGAUCAUUGCAUCAACACCUCCAUGGCAAAAACAAAGAGUUGAAAGAGCAAAUGGAUUGGAUCAGAAGGGUAACAAUCGCGGUCCAAGCCGCGCGAGGAAUCGAGUACUUACACGGCUACGCGUGUCCACCCGUUAUCCAUAGAGAUAUCAAAUCUUCAAACAUACUAAUAGAUGAAGAACACAAUGCUCGAGUUUCGGAUUUCGGUUUAUCAUUACUUGGUCCGACGGAUAGUAGCUCCCCGUUGGCCGAGUUACCAGCGGGGACGCUCGGUUAUCUCGACCCCGAAUACUAUAGACUUCACUACCUCACAACAAAAUCAGAUGUUUAUAGCUUUGGUGUUCUACUAUUAGAAAUCCUAAGUGGAAGAAAAGCUAUUGAUAUGCAAUAUGAAGAAGGUAACAUUGUUCAAUGGUCGGUACCGUUAAUAAAAUCGGGCGACAUAGCCUCGAUCUUAGACCCUUGUUUGAAACAACCUUCUGAUAUUGAAGCAUUGAAAAGGAUAGCAAAUGUUUCAUGCAAAUGUGUGAGAAUGAGAGGUAAAGAUAGGCCAUCAAUGGACAAAGUAACAACAAGUUUGGAAAGAGCAUUAGCAAUGUUAAUGGGAAGUCCUUGUAUUGAUCAACCAAUUCUACCAACAGAAGUUGUUUUAGGAAGUAAUAGAAUGCAUAAGAAAACAUCUCAAAGAUCGUCGAACCGGUCGGCUUCAGAAACCGACGUGGUCGAAGGCGAAGAUCAAAGGUUCGAGUUUAGAGCACCUUCUUGGAUUACUUUUCCAAGUGUGACAUCUUCUCAAAGACGAAAAUCUUCGGAAUCAGAAGGCGAAGUUGAAGUGAAGAUUGAAGGGAGAAACUUUGUUGGUGGGGGUGAUGUUUUGAGAAGCCUUGAAGAAGAGAUUGGUCCUGCUUCUCCUCAAGAGAGACUCUUCUUGCAACACAACUUUUGAUUUUGGAUAAAAAAACAUCAUGGUUUAGAUUUAAUGUUGCAUGUAAUUUUUUGUUUUGUUUUAGUUUAGUUUGAUUAUGAAUAUGCAAUAUUUGAGAUUGUUUAGUUUUUGUAAUUGUAUUGUAUCUUUUAAAAGCUAUGUAUUAGAAUUUUAGUGGAGCUUUCAUUCUUUUCAUGCAACUAGGAUUUAAUGUAUUGUAAUGUAACUAUUAUCUCAUUUUAUUGAUUGUAAAGCGUAUUUAUUAUUAUUAUUAUUCAAAA